AUGUCGGCCGCGCAGCUUCUCAACCCCAAGGCCGAGUCCCGAAGGAGGGGUGAAGCUCUGAAGGUCAACAUCAAUGCUGGUAUUGGUCUGCAGGAGGUCCUCAGGUCCAACCUUGGCCCUCUUGGUACAAUUAAGAUGCUGGUUGACGGCGCUGGACAGAUCAAACUGACCAAGGAUGGAAACGUUCUCUUGAGAGAAAUGCAAAUCCAAAAUCCAACCGCCGUCAUGAUUGCCCGAGCCGCGACCGCCCAGGACGAUAUUUGCGGAGAUGGUACUACUUCGGUUGUGCUGUUGGUUGGUGAGCUCUUGAAGCAGGCGGACAGAUACAUCUCAGAAGGGCUGCACCCUCGUGUCAUCUGUGAUGGGUUCGAAAUUGCCAAGGCCGAGGCCCUCAAGUUCCUCGAUGACUUCAAGCUACCCAAAGAGGUCGACCGAGAACUACUCCUAAACGUGGCGCGCACAUCUCUCGCCACCAAGCUCAACUCUACGCUUGCGAAGAAGCUCACGCCCGCUAUAGUCGAUGCUGUUCUCGCAAUUUACCAAGAACCUGCCAAGCCCGAUUUGCACAUGGUUGAAAUCAUGAAGAUGCAGCAUCGUACCGCUGCCGACACCCAGCUAAUUCGUGGCCUUGCUCUGGAUCACGGUGCUCGUCACCCAGAUAUGCCCAAGAGACUGGAGAACUGCUACAUCUUGACCAUGAAUGUCAGCUUGGAAUACGAGAAGACUGAAAUCAACUCUGGCUUCUUUUACUCUAGCGCCGACCAACGCGACAAGCUUGUGGAGAGUGAGCGCCGAUUUAUCGAUGCCAAGUUGAAGAAGAUUGUGGAUCUGAAGAAGGAACUCUGUGGAACAGACGGCAAGAAGAACUUUGUCAUUAUUAAUCAAAAGGGAAUCGAUCCACUGUCCCUGGAUGUGCUGGCCAAGAACGGCAUCCUCGCGCUUCGACGUGCUAAGCGAAGAAACAUGGAGCGUCUGCAGUUGAUCUGUGGUGGCGUGGCUCAGAACACCGUUGAUGACCUGUCUGCUGAUGUUCUUGGAUGGGCUGGGCUUGUCUAUGAACAGACUCUGGGUGAGGAGAAGUACACCUUCAUUGAGGAGGUGAAAGACCCCAAGUCUGUGACUCUCAUGAUCAAGGGGCCUAACCAGCACACCAUCGCUCAAGUGACCGAUGCUGUCAGAGACGGAUUAAGAAGCGUCUAUAACAUGAUUGUUGACAAGAGCGUUGUUCCUGGUGCGGGGGCGUUCCAACUAGCCUGCGCUCUUCACUUGAAGAGUGACACUUUUUCCAAAACAGUCAAGGGAAAAGCCAAGUCUGGCGUCCAGGCCUUUGCCGACGCUCUGCUUAUUAUCCCCAAGACGCUGGCUGCCAACGCGGGCCAUGACGUUCAGGAUGCUUUGGCUGCUAUGGAGGACGAAUUCAAUGACGGGGACGUUGUUGGACUGAACUUGGAGAGCGGAGAACCUAUGAGCCCCGAGUUGGAGGGUGUCUUUGACUCGUUCCGGGUACUGAGGAACUGCAUUGCUUCCAGCUCUAGCAUUGCAUCCAACCUCUUGCUUUGCGAUGAGUUGUUGAAGGCUCGGCAAAUGGGUAGAGCUGCAGGUCCUGGCCCUGGAAUGGACGGCCCUGAUGACCACAUGUAA